GCGGCCGGGACCCGGUGAUCUGUCCCCGGUGAUGGAGGAACCGGAGCUGCUCGCGGACGACAGACGGUUCCGCAGGUUCCCGGUGUGGAUCAUAGAACACGUGUGGACUCACAGGACGAUGGACAUUCAGCAAGUCGUGGACCCGUCUGAUUGGCCGGACGUGGACUCGCAGCCUCUGAGCACCGAGGACUCGUGGAGGCUGCGCGUGGCGUCUGCUCAGAUGUUCUGCAUCGUGAGGAACAGGGACAUGCAGCACUUUGAACGAGUGAUGAGGUAUCUGGAAGCCACGUUCAGACUCCUCCCCAGACUGGUGGCUCCCAUCAAACACAUGAAGAUCAUGUUUGGACUUAAAACCCUGGUGGUCAUGUGGAUGCUCAGGCAGCGUCGGGGGAUGGUGGACACUGUGUUUAAAAUCAUCCAGUUCUUCCCAAACAAGCUCCCUCAGUAUCAGGAUCAGUGUAACCAACACGAGAUGUUCCUCAUGAGGAAGAACAAUCUGGACUUCAGGGUUCUGGCUCAGGCUCUCGCUACAGACGAGGACAAACUGCAAUACUAUGUGAAGACACAGAUGCAGCAGCAGUACGGGGAACGCUACGCUCAGAAGGUCGAGGACAGACUGCUGCACUAUCUACAGGAGCUGGAGGCUGCGUUACCUGGAGACACCUUCAUCGACAAGAUCCUGAAGAAGGAAAGUCCCGUCACUGAAGAGGAGAAGCUGCUGCUGGACGUUAUCACAUCCGACUCCACGGCCAUAGCAAUAACUCUGAGGAAGCUGCUGCACUGUGACGCGGCUUCCUGUCGUCAGGCGGUUUCUCAGGCAUCAGAACACGGAGCGACUCAAGUGGAAAACUCUGGACCCUCAAAGUCCGUUGUGUUCAUCAACUCCUCAAAGACUCUGUUCUCCUCAGUGGAAGAUAAAACUCCCCAAGAGUCUCAGCCUGAGGUUUUAAACCCAGAAGAUGAGUCAGCACAGGAAGUGUCUGCAGAGAGUCCUGAUCCUCCAGAUGUUGGGAGACGUCUUCAAUCCGAGGACGAUGGUGAGAUGAUCCGUUGUCUGAGAGCAGGUGAAGCUGCUGCGUCUCCUCAGUUCUGCUCCAAACACCAGCGCUGGGUGAAGAGCAUCCUGCAGGAGUGUCCUGACGAGGCUCCAGAGGAGCUGCAGCUUCAGGCCGACGCCCCCUCGUCUCCACCGCUGUUCCAGUUGUCCUCCUGCACCUCCUCCUCACAGGACCUCACCCCAUCUGACCUCGUCCCGUGCCCCCCCGACCGACAGCUCACACCUUCUCAGACCGCCACCCGCCCUCCGCCAGCAUCGGAACAGGGGAACCUGGAAGACGAGCGGCGCUCUGGAUCAGCGGGUGCUGGGUCUCUGCCUCAGUGUUGCUCCAGAGACGCUCCUCUGUCCUCUCUGUUGUCCCCGGCCGUCUGCCUGAUGGACGUCUCCUCUGUCAGCAGGAUCUGCUCCUUCCUCAAACCCCAUCAUGCCUCUCCAGAGACUUUUAUCGUGUCUCAAACAAAGCUGCCAGCUUCCACUCCUCAGGCUCUACCUUCUCCUCAAGACUCUGGAAGUGCUCCCCCGACAAAUCCCACAAACACAACCAGCCGAUCACAAACAUCUCAUGAGGCUUCUGCAUUCACCAGCUGUGGAAAACCACCUCCUCAGACUUUUCUCAGACUUUCAUUAACACACAGACGAGCUCUGACUGCCUCCAGACGCUCACAGACUCUGGAUGAAGCCGAUCGGGUCCAGCAGGCUCCUGCUUCCCAUCGGCCCUCCUCCCACCUCCUGGUCUCUUCACCUUCUGCCUCUGCCUCUCAAUCUGAGGCUCUGUCCUCCAACAGAAACCCUUCAUCUCCCAGAUCGACUCGACAGAACAGUCCUCUCCAGCUGCAGAGUGACCCACGCACCGCUGCAUCCUCCUCCUCCUCCUCCUCCUCCUCCUCCAACACUGACCACCUCCCUGUGAGGUCAGAGGUCAGCGGCGCCCAGCUGAGUGAGGCCGUGCUGCUGCAGCCGUACGUGAUCCUGACCCGGCUGAGCGCUGAGGAGAUUCACCGGCUGACCAGGAGCCGGCGGGCGGAGUCUGAGUCGCCAGCCGACCAGGAAAACGUUUCCGACUCCUCUUUCGAUUCGAGCUUUCUUCACUCCAGUCGUUCUUCGAGCGGCGACGAUUCGCUCGACUCUGACCCCGACUACAAACCCCCCCCUCAGAAGAAAAGACGACCGUCAGAGUGCGAGUCUGCAGAAAUCCUGAGUCGUGUUUGAGAAGACUUUAACUAAUGGAGCUUUUAAAAAAUAACAUGUUUCCAACUGGGACACUUUGUAAAAAUCACCUCCUGGUGGACAAACGGUGCAAUUGUUCUACCUCAAACUGUAGCUUGUAACUUAUUGACUGAAAUACACAACAAAACCAGAAAUAUCUGUAUUUGUUAUUGAACCUUCGUUUCUUUUCGCUCGUGCAGUUUCAUGCAGUCGAGCUCUGAGGUCCUUUCACCCACAUGGUGUUUGGGUUUGAUAUCAAUCUGCAUCCAGAAGCGUUUUCAUCCUAAAAGUUCUCAUAAAACAUCUUAAUCUAUAAUUUCUAAUGUGAGCAGCUUCUAGCUCCAGCUGUGAUUCGAGUUCAUUGACGAAGACGAGAGUUCGGUUUCAAUAAAAGUCGUUUUACGCCCAAAAUGAGAAACAACUGAUUGUGUGUGAAUCUCAUGAACAAGUUCACUCGCCUGUUUCCUGUUGCAGACAUUGACCUGUUCUCCAGGGACCGCCCCCUCCCAGUCAGUCAAUCAGUCCCAUGGCACGACACCAGUCUGUGUGAACAGCCCUGGUGGAGACAUGAUCCCUGGGGGUCAUCACGGAGGUCAACAGAUCCUCGUCUGUUUGCUCACGUGUGUUUACACAGGCCGAGGCGGAGCAUCUCUGUCUGAGGUGGAGUGAGGACACUGCUCUUUGACCUGAGGGUUGAUUAGGAAAAAUUAACUGAAACUUCCCAUGAGGCCGUUCAGCACAACAACAGAUGAAUGAAGAUGGACGACGAGUUCCCACUAUCGAGGCACGAGGACAAACAACCCUGGAUACAAACACCAUCUUGUGUUGUUGACGUCUCCUGGAGUCGGGCUGAUCGGCAGCGAUUGGUGGACGGAGCUCUGAGGUCCCAACCAAUCACGAAUCAGUCUCAGCUGUCAAUCAUGACUCAUAUCAUCAGGAAAAUAAAGCUUUUCAUAAGAUGGUUUCUGUCAGACGUCAGGUUUCACACUGAUGUGGGUUCCGAGUUUGGUUUUACUUUGUGUGUGUGUGUGUUGUGUUAUUUGAUGCUUUGUAAACAGGGUGACGCGUCGUGAUUGACAGCUGAGACUCCACCGUCACUGACACACACACUCUGACGUGUCUGAGUGUUUUUGGAACAGAUUCUAUUUAUCUACAAAGACAUAAACUUUUCCUCUACUAAACAAAUGGUUCCUCCUCCUCCUCUGGGAUUCGUUCCCGAUGUUCAUGUUGUUCUGGUUUUGUUUGUGCUCAGGUCCCAUCACCACCAGGUGAAGCAGUGCUGGUGUAAUGGGGGAGUACAAAGUGCAGUGUGUGGUCUGAACUGUGUGUGUUGAGUUGUUAUGUAAGAAUAAGUCGUGAUCAGAAUCUGGAAAAACAAACUAAACAAGAAUUUAAAUGAUGUUUCCACUAUUUUACACAAUAAAACCACAGAAAUCUCAUUAA